AUGGCUUCUUGGUGUUGCAUCCUUAUUCUUUACUUCCUGUUUCCUCCGUCUCCUAACAUCACAACAAAUUUCGCUUCUGGUGCACCAACUCAAUUAACCAACGUCUACCCUUUCCCAUGCUCCGAUCACAUCAAGACGUGCAGCGCUUUCCUCUAUCAGCACAACAGUCUCUCAAAACAGAGUAUCACCAAAUUUUACUCUAUCAAUGCAUCAGCAAUCGAGCCGAUUAGCUAUGAUGACAGACAAGACUACCUAGUAACUGUACCUUGCACUUGCAAAGAUGUUGAUGGAACUGUUGGAUAUUUCUACGACACGAGUUACAAGCUGCAGCUAAACGAUACAUUUGCAAAUGUUUCUAAUGAUAUUUAUAGUGGACAGGCUUGGAAAGUGGGAGGAGAAGAAAAGUACCAGGCUGGGGAUUUUGUCACUAUGCAUCUCUUGUGUGGAUGUGUGGAUGAUGAAGAAAAAACUGUGGUGACAUAUACUAUUCAGCAGCUUGAUACUUUGUCAAGUAUUGGAGAUUCACUUUCUUCUCAAGUCAGUGACAUAGAGAACUUGAACCCUUACUUGACAAGUCCACAGUUUGUAGAUGUUGGAUGGCUGAUAUAUGUGCCCAUGUACAAAAAUGGAGUUCCAGCUCUACCAAGGACCGGUUAG